GCUGACCCACAAAACAUUGGACGUUUAUUGUACACGGAAAAAUUUGUGCCAAUAUCGUAACAAAUCAGCAACAUUCCGUUUAGUGUACAUUUAAUAUUGUGUUCCAGUUCCGUGAAUCGUUAAAUAAUCAAAAUUCUCAUGAAUUGUGCUUUGAAUGAGUCAAAAAUUUGUUGAAAAUCAAUGUGUUGAUAGUUGCAUUCCUGAGGAAAAUAAUAGCCUCUCGUAGUGAAUGUGAUUACGAAGGCAGAGGACUACGACCUUCGUAUUGAGUGCACAUACGGAUUUCCAAAGUGCGUCAUACAUCAAGCUGAAAAUAAAGGAGAAGAAAGAAAAUCAAAAAUUUAUUAGUGAACGUGGUAAAAUAUUAGCAAUUAGUUUGAAAAAUCUUUAACACAGAAUGACUAUUCUUUCUAAGAAAAAACCUAGUGGGACAAAGGACAGACGUGAGGGAGGUAAUGGGUCUGAGGUCGAUGUUCAUGGAGUACAAAACGAACAUGGAUCAGGCACAAUUGCUUUACCUAAUAGUUCCUAUCAGGUUCGAGGGGGUAAUGGAUUUGGAGUUGAUCUUCACUCGGUGCAGGGUGAACAUGGAUCUGGUCCAAUAGUUCUCACAAAUCCUUCCUAUGAGGGCACUGAUCGUCGUGAGGAAAAACACUUUGAGGAUGGCGGUGGUCCCAGUCAUGGUAAACGACACCGUCAAAGAGCAAGUCCACACAGUUCUUGUAUUAAUCGAAGUUCGCGAAAUAAGCGCGAAAGAGAAAGGGACAGAGGACGUGAAAGAGAAAGGGAGAGAGAACGAGAGAGACAAGCAACGCCUCCCACAGCUUCUGGCAGUGGUUUGCAGGCAGGUGACAAUAGUCGCAUGGGAGAGAAUCAUGAACAUGAACUUUCAAAUGGCUACAAUAGCGGCGAUGAAUAUACUGGUCGCACAAAUCUUACAGCCGAUGAAUGGCAAGAGCGUGACCGAUGGUUUGAAAAACGAAUGCGAAAAGUAGGCUUUAUUGUUAAAAAAAUGGGCGAAGACGGAGCUUGUUUGUUUAGAGCAGUGUCCGAUCAAGUUUAUGGCGAUCAAGAAAUGCAUGGAGUUGUUAGGAAGCAUUGCAUGGAUUAUAUCGCAGCAAAUCAAGAAUUCUUUUCUCACUUUGUUGCUGAAGAUUUCACCACAUAUGUAGAUAGAAAACGACAAGAAUACGUGCACGGAAAUCAUAUAGAAAUGCAGGCCAUGUCCGAAAUGUAUAAUAGAAGUGUCGAACUAUUUUGUUAUAGUACAGAACCCAUUAACAUUUUUCAUGGAGUGCACAAAACGGACAAUGAACCAAUACGAUUGUCAUAUCAUCGAGUUAGUCACUACAAUAGUAUUGUUGAUCCAUAUAAAGCAACAGUUGGCGUUGGUCUCGGUUUACCAUCUUUUAAUCCUGGUUCAGCUGAUCGUGCUCUGGUAUCAGAUGCCGUCCGUCAAAGUGAGGACUUACAUAUCGAACAGACUAUGCUGGAGGACAAGAUCAAGGCGACCGAUUGGGAGGCUACAAAUGAGGCAAUUGAAGAACAAGUUGCACGCGAAAGUUAUUUGCAAUGGUUACGCGAUAAUGAAAUGAGAAAAGCACGAUCGGCUAGUAGUAGUAGCUCUAGUACGCUUACGGGUACUCAGCAUAGCCAUGCCCUCUUUCAUUCCCAUGGCAGCCGCGCUCAACAACGAAGUCAUACUUCUUCUCCAACAGGAACUGCACCAACUGCAGAUUCACUACGAAAUUCCCCAAAGGUUGGUGAUUCUGUACGUUAUACCAAAAGAUCUCCUCAACACCAAUCACCGCCAAAUGCAAGUAAACCUCUUCUUCCAACGGAAUUUGACGUGAAUCCUGCGCCUCAAGAACCCGUGCCUGGUAGCAGUAAAGAGUCGCAAGCCUCUCCCGAUAUUUCUGUUUUUAAUCGACUGCCUCCUGAAGUUUUCGGUCUAACUGACUGGGAGGAUAGUGAUAUUAUAUCACAGGUGUUGGCUACUUCUCAAGAGGAAUAUCUAGACAGCUUAAAGCAAUCUCGACUAACUAGUAGUGCUAGUUCUGAAUCCAGUGAAAAAUUAGAUUCUAACAAUAGUUAAUUAGCAAGAAACAGUCAUCAUUUUUAACAAAUUUUGGAGAGAUAAAAGCAAAAGAUAUAUAAACAUAUAUAUAUAUAUAUAUAUAAAUUUAUAUACAUGUAUAUAUUUCAAUAUUGCAAAAUAUCCUCUAAAGUAAAAAAAAAAGAAAAAUGUGAAGCAGAAGGUGGUUUGCCUUUUCUCAUUUAAAUAAAACUUAACGAGUUAACUCGGUACGUAAUUUCACAAGCAGUGUGCGUAUACAUUAGUAAAAUAUGAAAUAUUGACCAAAAUCCAUAUUUUCA